GCUCUACUUAGACUUUCUUCCUGCUUACCUUACCUUUCUACUGUUCUCUGAAAUCAAACCUCCAGCAGACACCCUGCACAGUCAUCAGACUAGCUUCUUCAACACGUAUUAUCUCCUUCACAUCCAACCUAUCUACCUCCCUCUUCUCUUCUCAUCUGAAUCCCAACCUCAACCAAUACUACAUCCCAAACUAAACCCAACUAAACCCACCACAAUCUCGAAACCAACCCAAAAUGCGUCCACCAAUGCCUUCAUCCCCAGAAGCACAGAAAACCAAGAAUAGCCCCAACGGAUCCGCAUGUACCCACACCACGAACGCGAGAAGAAAACCCCUGAUGGAUUUCUCGUCUCUGCAUCCGUGCUCUGCUUCGAUGGAUGAUGAGGAGGAUGAGGAUGAAGAUCGUAUGCGACCAUCGCACGCAGAGAUGGGAUCGUUCUCGCGGAUGCAUGCAGCUUCGCACUCACAUUCUCAUCCAUCAUCAUCCUCGUCGGCUUUGACUCCUACUCAGACGCAGAGUUACACUCCGUAUCUGCCCAGAAAUCAAUCUAACUCAAAUUAUACGAUUCCGUCGGGAAGCGACUCUACCCCGACAUCAACCACUACAAGCACUACUACGAGAUUGAAAUCGAAAGCGAAAGCGAAAGCGAAGUCUACGACUGCACACGUCCACUUCCUGGACCAGAUUGAUAUCUCAGAUACGACUACCACUACUUCUGCACCUACAAACACGAACGGAACCAAAAACACAAAAGCAGAUGGAAUCACAGCUGAAGAAAAGACCAUGCCUCUUGGUCCUCGCAGUCGGGAUCUCUCUCUUAGUGAGAGCGAGAUUAGUCUGCUGGAUAUAGGUCCCAGUCUGGUGUAUGGUGAUGAUGGAUAUAUUCCGCUGUCUGGGGGUGGAUAUGUGCGUGGACAUGGGCAAGGUGACGGUGGUGGGGGUGGUGUUUCGGUGGUGGGGAGGGGGGUGCAGGGGUUGCAGUUGGAGUGAGGAUUGUGGUGGUUUGUUGCUGUUUCUGUUGUAGAUGUAUGGAGCUUAUGGUCUCUUACUCGGUCUGGUCUGUGGGUGUGGGAUAGAGGAGUUAUUCCUGUUGUUAGAAUAGUGUAGAGUAUUUCCUUUUCCUUCUGCUUGUUCUUUGUACUAUGGGUAUGAGUAACCAAUGGU